AGAAAGUGCAAUUGAAAAUAUGUCGAAAUGGCACAAACUUCAGGAGAUACGACUUUGUGUAGUGGAUGCUAUUUUCCGAUAGUAGAUGAGAAAUUCCUGCACGCACUAAGCGCAGACUGGCACAGCAAAUGUUUCAAGUGUUGUUCAUGCAAGACGUGUCUCACAGAUUGGUACUUUGAGAAGCAUGGCAAACUCUACUGCCAGGAUGACUACUGGAGGAUAUUUGGGGAGUUAUGUAAUGGAUGCACGAACCUUAUCACAGGCCCUGUUAUGGUUGCUGGUGAACACAGGUAUCACCCAGAGUGUUUCCGCUGCGUCCAGUGCACAAGUUACAUAGGAGAUGGGGAGACAUAUGUCCUGUUGGAGAGAUCUAAACUUUAUUGUGGGCAAUGUUACCAGAGAAGUAUGAAGCCAUUGAUAAUAGAAACUCCCCCUGACCAACCACCCCUCCACUGCAUACAGCUGGUGGAGCUCCCUAUCACCCCUGACAGACAGAGUGGACUCACCCUAGAGGCAACCCAGACAAGGAAUAGGGGGAGCAGUUAUUUGAGUCCAAGGGAGAGGAGGUACUCUAGGCAGUCAGAGAAUAACAGCAACCAGUGCAAAUCUGUCUUCAGAAUAUCAAAAGUGGAUGAUUCAAGUCCGGAAUUAGAGGAGUUACAAUCGGGGGAUAAGAUACUUGAGAUAAAUGGUGAACCAAUCAGGAACCAGCGUUUUGAUGAGAUUGACAAGUUAAUAAAGAAUGACAAGGUGAUUACACUGACAAUUGAAAGAGGACCAUCUCCUGCCCCCACAGGCCAGUUGCCACGACAACGCUCUGAGACCCUCCCUGUGGAUCCUCCUAGCCCUGGGUGUGUAUCACCAACUACAGACAUGCCUGAUGGAGUGAUGAUGAGGAGGAGAAAAGAAAGAUCAUCUUCUCUACCCAGAGAUCAAGGAAGUCCAUGUAGGUCUCCCACAGCGAGGUCCCCUACACCAAAGAAUAAAGACAAGAGAAUCAGUAGAACUCAAUCAUUCAAGCACCAACCACUGACACACAGAGUAUUUAGGGCAAGUGAUCUCAUACCAGGAGAGGUGCUGGGAAAAGGCUUUUUUGGACAAGCAGUCAAGGUGACACAUAGAGUGACAGGUGAGGUGAUGGUGAUCAAGGAACUGUUUAAGUUUGAUGAGGAGGCUCACAAUAAUUUCCUCAAAGAGGUGUCUGUGUUGAGGAGUUUAAAUCACCCAAAUGUGCUCCAGUUCUUAGGGGUUCUCUAUAAAGACAAGAAGCUGAAUUUGGUUACAGAAUACAUACCAUGUGGUACCCUAAAGGAUUUACUACAGGACAUGGAUCAGGUCAUAGAAUACGACGACAGGAUCAAGAUUGCUACUGAUAUAGCAGCUGGCAUGGAAUACCUUCACUCUAUGGAUAUUAUACACAGAGAUCUCAACUCACAAAACUGUCUUGUUAAAGAGGAUGGCACAGUGAUAGUGGCAGAUUUUGGACUUGCUAGGAUUAUGAUCACUAGGGACGACCAGAGACGCUCUUGGGAUUGCAACAGGUCAUUUGAUAAAACGGAGGGACCUCCGACCAGCCCAAGAAGCCAAAAUAUGGGCAAAAAGAGACCACGUAAAAAGCGCUACACAGUGGUGGGGAGCCCCUAUUGGAUGGCACCAGAGAUGAUGUGCGGGAAAUUGUACGAUGAGAAAGUCGACCUAUUCUCAUUUGGAAUAGUUUUAUGUGAAAUCAUUGGAAGAGUCCAGGCUGAUCCAGACUAUCUACCACGUAGACACGACUUUGGUUUAAACACAGAGGUAUUUCAACGUAAAUUCUGCCAAGAUUGCCCAAAUGGAUUCUUCAAGAUAGCUGUUAUGUGUUGUCAGAUUCUACCUGAAUCUAGGCCAGAUUUUGAAGAGGUUCAUGUGUGGUUAGAGGCGCUACAACUGCACUUACAGUCAGGCAUCCGUCUGCCAAUUGAACUACAAGGAGACCCCUUAAAACCAUUACAAAUCUCACCAAAUAAAACCACAACAUCUCAGGACCAGGACAAUUCAAGUGGUUCCAAAAAGCUCAAUAGAAGAGAUUCCAAGGGGACUUUUUUGGAUUCCAUCAAUGAAGAUAAGAAAUCAGAAGAAACAAAUCAAGUUUCAUCUAUCGUUUUACAAAUGCCAGAUAAAUUGAGGCUAAAACAAGAUUCAAAUAAAACUGCUGUAAGUGAGGAAGGAGUUGGUGAGAAAUCUAAAAUUGUGCCAACAGAUUUAAACGGGGUUUCUCUUAGUGAUAAAGAGAAACUGUCAAAUUGUAGUAACAUCAUCAUAACUUGUGAUGACAUGAGCACAAAUAGUGAUGACAUCAUCAAAAUAUGUGAUUGCAUCAGUCAAACUCCUGAUGAAAACUUAAUCAAUCUAGAUAAGGAUACACAAGGAGAUAAGAAGGAUGUUGACCAUCAAACUGUUUCGAAAACUGACAUAAUUAUAACAGAAAAUAAUAAUUCCACAGUUCAAGAAUAAUGCCAGAUUUCACUGAAAUAAUAUUGAAGAAUGCUUUAACGAGAUAUAGGUGCUAUGUAGAUUGCGGAAGAUAUUGUUAAUGCAUAAGAAAUUUGCCGAAACUUUGAAAAAAAAGUAUCUACAACUAAUUUGGAUAUCUUUAAUAGAUUCUGGGUUCCUAGUAUAAAGAAAGCAUAGGAUUUCUGCAAGGAAUUGUACAUUUUUGUAUUUUUAAAAUGAGAAUGUGUAUCUACAUGUAUUAAACUAAGAUAACAUGGAUCAUUCCGCAUAAUAAAAAAAUUGUAUUAUCCAUUCACCCUUGAUACCCACAUAACGUAAUCCACUGUUCUGGGUAAAUUAUUUAGUCUCUCAUAAAUUAGUGUUUUAUAUAAGAAAACCAAUUGUCAAACACUUUGAUAAUCUAAAGGUUUAUUGUAUCAUGUACUAGAUCAACCAGCUACUGAAUUGUUGAUUGUUGCUGA